UCUACAUCUAUUUCCAUGUGGGUUCCUUUAAAGCAAAGAAAAUCCUCUAUAAAUAUAGCACGAGGGCCAAGCACGGCAUACCACACUCGAAACCAAGAAAACAUAAGUUCAGGCGCUGCCAUCCCCUGCUUCGACAAUACUCACAACCCAAAAGAGCAAAACAGAGUAUCACAACAUCAAACCAACACUAUGAAGCAAAAGGUGGUGAUUAAUGUUUCCCUGAAUGGCGAAAAGUCCCGCUCUAAAGCCUUGAAGAUUGCAGUCAGCGUUUCAGGAGUCGAAUCAGCUGCUUUAGGAGGGAAAGACAAGAGCCAGAUAGAGGUGGUAGGGGAUAUCGACGCUGUAUAUCUAACAACGCAGCUAAGAAAGAACGUUGGCCAUGCAGAGCUUGUAAGUGUAAGCGCUGUGGGAGAAAAGAAAGAGGAGAAGAAAGAGGAGAAGAAAGAAGAGAAAAAAGAGGACGUGAAAGUGCAGCAAAUGCCAUUGGUCUGGCCUUAUGUGGGUAGCGUGCCUCAUCAUCAAUAUAUCUAUGAGGUUACGCACCCACGAGCGCAGUACCAAGACCCCUACUCUUGUUCCAUCAUGUAAUUGCGAAAUAGACACAGAAUUCCCAGUUUCCAGGUUCAAGUCUUAAGGAGACGGUUCAGAAUUCAGACAUGAGAACUUGGAACCUUGGCUGAUGAGUGAUGCUCGUGUUAAAAUCUUUUUGUUGUAGAAAUCCUGAAAUUAUUGGUUCAUGUUUGCCCAGUUGCAAUCUAAAUUAUAACAUCUGUAUGAAUUAUUGGAUUAUAUAUAUAUUUUUUAUCUGUUCUUCUUCCUAAA